UUAGAGAACCAAUUGGUGUUAUUGGUUCCAUUUUACCAUUCAAUUUCCCAGUUAUGAUUCCAUUAUGGACUAUUCCAUAUAUUAUUGCUACUGGUAACACUACUGUUUUGAAACCAUCAGAAAUGUGUCCAGGUACCGGUGCCAUCUUGGCUGAAAUUGCAGCAGAAGCUGGUGUUCCAGAAGGUGUUAUCAACAUUAUUCAUGGUAAAGCUCCAACUGUUAACAAAAUUGUUAGUGAUCCAAGAAUCGCUGCUGUUACAUUUGUUGGUGGUAAUAAUGCAGGUAAAUAUGUUCAUUCAGAAGCUACAAAGAAUGGUAAAAGAGCUCAAGUUAACUUGGGUGCUAAGAACCAUGUUGUUGUCUUGCCUGAUGCUGAUAAAGAUACCGUUUUGAAAGCUGUUGUCACUGGUGCCUUCAGUUCAACUGGUCAAGUUUGUUUAAGUACUGAUAUCUUAUUCUUGGUUGGUGAAGCUAGAGGUUUGAUUCCAGAUAUUGUUAAAGAAGUUGAAAAAUUACAAGCUAAACCAGGUUUCCAAGAUGGUGAUUUUGGUCCAGUUGUCACCAAGGAAUCUUUACAAAGAUUAGAAGCUGUUAUUCAAGAUGCUGUUGAUAAAGGUGCUGAAGUUUUAGUUGAUGGUAGAGGUAAAAAACCACAAGGUUUCGAAGAUGGUUAUUUCAUUGGUCCAACUUUAUUAAGAAAUGUUAAAAAAGGUAUGAGAUGUGUUGAUGAAGAAUUAUUUGGUCCAAUCUUCACAAUCGCUGAAGCUGAAACAUUAGAUGAAACCAUUGAUUAUUGUAACAACAAUGAAUUCGGUAACUCAGUUGCAGUCUUCACCAACUCAGGUCCAGAUGCAAACAAAUUUGCUAAACAAAUCAACAUUGGUCAAGUUGGUAUUAAUGUUCCAAUCCCAAUUCCAUUAGCUCAAUUCGGUUUCACUUCAAAUAAAUCCUCAUUUUUGGGUGAUUUACAUUUCUAUGGUCCAACCGCUUUCAAAUUCUUGACUCAACCAAAGACUAUCACAACUUCUUGGAAAAACAUCAAGACUAAAUUCUAAGAUUAGAUGGAUG